AUGUCUUCUAAUGCCUCUGUUGCUGAAAGUAAGGACUUGGUUGACCUGGAGCAAAACAUCCUGUCAAAGCAACGUCCUGUUCAUAGAUUGUUAACCCCAUUUUUGACUAAAAAGGUGCCAGAAAUACCAAAAGAAUCAGAAAGAAAACCAUACCCUUUGUAUCAUACAAAUUUAUUGUCAAAAUUCUUCUUUUUUUGGUUGAUUCCUUUACUAAACAAAGGCUAUAAAAGAACAUUACUACAGGAGGAUUUAUGGCAUUUAGAUGAGAAAACUUCAAUAGACUAUGUUUACGAAAGAUUUGAAGCAAAUUUAACCAAAAGAAUCGUGACUUAUCAUUUGAAGAAUCCUGAUUUAGAAAAUAAAGAUGAAAUACCAAGAUUUGCAAUCGUUAUGGCAAUUUUGGAAACUUUUAAAUGGGAAUAUUUCAUUGCUUCGUUUGCUAGGGUCCUUGGAAAUAUAGCUAUAACAUUUUCCCCUUUGGUUUCAAGAGAUUUAAUCAAUUUUAUUCAACAAAAAUCACUGAAUCCAGACUUGAAAGUAAAUAAAGGUGUUGGUUAUUCUAUAGGAUUAACUUUAUUGUUGAUAGCAUCUGCUAUUUUGUUCAACCAAUCUUUACAAUAUGCAAAAUUAGUUGGUGGUCAUUCGAAAACUAUUUUAACAAAAGCUUUAUUGAAUAAAUCUCUGAUUGCAAAUGCUGAAACAAGAUAUAAAUACCCAAGUGGUAAAAUAAUUUCUUUUAUGAGUGCUGAUUUAUCAAGAAUUGAUUUAGCUUUAGGAUUUUUCCCCCUUGUUGUGGCAUUUCCUGUUCCGAUUAUCAUUGGUAUUGUUUUAUUGAUUGUUAAUCUAGGAGUUUCAGCAUUGGCUGGUAUUGCUAUUUUUAUAUUGACAUUUAUUGUGAUGUCAACUCCUGCAAGUGCAAUGUUUAAAUUAAGAAUCAAGGCAAACAAAUUUACAGAUGAAAGAGUUUCCUUAAUGAGAGAAAUUUUACAAAGUAUGAAGAUGGUUAAAUUUUAUUCUUGGGAAGAUGCUUAUGAAAAAUUGGUUACUGUCAUUCGAAACAAAGAGAUUAAAUAUGUUUUCAAGAUCCAACUUGUUAUAAACAUUAUCAGUACAAUUGCUUUGAAUUCUGCAUCAAUUACUUCAAUGGGUGCCUUUUUGGUUUUAUAUGCUGUUAGGUCCCAUGGAAACCCAGCAGCUGUGUUUUCAUCAUUAUCUUUGUUCAAUUUAUUGGCAGUUCAAGUCACAAAUAUCCCAAUUAUAUUAUCAUACUGCGCUGAUGCAUUAUCUGCUAUUGAUAGAAUUACAAAAUAUUUACAAUCUCCAGUGGAAUUUGAUGCUGUUGAAAAUUUUUAUGACAAUUCAAUAAUUGAUCCAAAGUCUAAAGUCGCGGUAAAGAUUGAAAAUGGUGAAUUUGAAUGGCCUGAAUUUGAAGAAUUGAAAGAAGAUGACACUAAGGAUGUGAAAAAGACAAAACCAAAACCUAAAAAGAAAUGGAGUUUGUUCGAUAAAAAACCUGAAACAUCAAAUGAUGCUCAAGAAGUAAAAACAGAAUCAGAGGAAAAAGAAUUAAAUGAACUACCAAAUGAAUCCACAGAAGAACAUGAAAAAAAGUUUUCAGGUUUGCAUGACAUCAAUUUAAAUGUUUAUCAAGGUGAGUUUAUUGUUGUUACUGGGUCAACAGGAUCUGGUAAAUCAUCUUUGUUAUCCGCUAUUGCAUCAUUCAUGGCUAAAAGAAGCGGCUCAAUUGGUGUUAAUGGUUCAUUAUUGUUAUGUGGUCAACCUUGGGUUCAAAAUUCUACAGUGAAAGAAAACAUUUUAUUUGGUGAACAAUAUGAUUCAAAGAGAUAUAAAUCAGUUAUCGAAGUUUGUGCACUAGAAUCUGAUUUGAAGUCAUUACCUGCUGGUGAUUUAACAGAGAUUGGUGAAAGAGGUGUCACUUUAUCUGGUGGUCAAAAAGCUCGUGUUAACUUGGCUCGUGCAGUUUAUUCUUUGAAUAAAGAUAUUUAUCUCCUUGAUGAUAUACUUAGUGCGGUUGAUGCAAAUGUUGGGAAACAUAUUACAAAAUAUUGUUUGAUGGAGUAUAUUGGUGAUAGAACAAGAAUUUUAGCUACUCAUCAACUGUCUCUAAUUAAAAAAGCUGAUCGUGUUGUGUUUGUAAACAAUGAUGGUACAAUUGAUGUUGGUACUGAGAAUGAACUACGCGAGAAAAACCCUCAAUUUGUUGCUUUGAUGGAGUUCAAUAAAGAACAUGAAUCUGGAGAUCACAAGGAAAAUGAUCAAAUAGCAAAAGUUACCAGUGUUAAUGAUGAAGCUAAACCAGGUGAAGAAAAUGGUGCCUUAUUCGGAGAGGAAGAACGUGCUUAUGAUAGUAUUCCAUUUUCAAUUUACAAACAGUAUGCUCAAGCAGGACAAGGUGUAUUUGGGUUUUCAGCCUUCAUUAUCUUAUUAUUCUUAAUGAUUCUUGCUGUUUUCCUAACUUUGUUUACUAAUGUUUGGUUAUCAUUUUGGGUUGGUAAUAGAUUCAAGAGUUUAUCAAAUGGUACUUAUAUUGGUCUUUAUGUUGGGUUUACUAUAUUGAGUUGUGUUUUUAUAGCUUUGGAGUUCACCAUGAUGGGAUAUAUUAAUACAGAAGCUUCAAAAGUUUUAAAUUUACAAGCUGUUAAAAGAGUCUUACAUACACCGAUGAGUUUUAUGGAUACAACACCUAUUGGUAGAAUCAUUAAUAGAUUCUCAAAAGACACAAACUCCUUGGAUAAUGAAAUUAGUCUACAGUUGAAAUUAUUUUUACAUUUUGGGGCAGUCAUUAUAGGGAUCUUGAUAUUAGCUAUCAUUUAUUUACCUUGGUUUGCUAUAACUAUUCCAUUUUUGUUGAUUAUGUUUUUGGUGAUCACUAAUUAUUAUCAAGCUUCUUCAAGAGAAGUUAAAAGAUUGGAAGCUAUCAAUCGUUCAUUUGUUUACAACAAUUUUAAUGAAGUCUUGAAUGGUUUAAACACUAUUAAAGCCUAUGGAGCUCAGAAUAGAUUCAUGAAGAAGAAUGAUAAGUUUGUUGAUAGGUUGAAUGAAGUUUAUUUCGUCGUGAUUGCUAAUCAAAGAUGGAUAGCUGUUAACUUGGAUACUUUAGCUGGUCUUAUUGUAUUUAUUGUUGCAAUGCUAUCUGUUACAAGACAAUUUAAUAUUAGUCCAUCUUCAGUUGGGUUAUUGACCUAUUAUAUGAUUGAGUUUUCCCAGUUGCUUUCAUUUAUUUCAACAUCAUACACAGAAGUGGAGAAUGAAAUGAAUUCAGUAGAGAGAGUUUGUCAUUAUGCUAAUAAUUUGGAACAAGAAGCUGCAUAUAGAAGAUCAGAAUUCAAACCAGCUCCAGAAUGGCCAACCAAAGGUGAAGUGAGUUUUCAAAACGUCUCAUCAAGAUACCGUGAAGGUUUACCAUUGGUUUUAAACAAUCUCAGCUUUGUUGUUGAUGGAAGCUCAAAAAUUGGUAUUUGUGGUAGAACAGGUGCUGGUAAAAGUUCUUUAGUAUCAACUUUAUACAGAUUAAGUGAAUUAGCUGGUGGUGAAAUUUUGAUUGAUGGUGUUGAUAUUAGUCAAUUAGGUCUUUUUGAUCUGAGAUCCAAACUAUCAAUCAUCCCACAGGAUCCUGUUUUGUUUCAAGGAACCAUUAAGAAAAAUUUGGAUCCUUUCAAUGAAGCUACAGAUGAUGAAUUAUGGGAUGCAAUGAGAAGAGGCGGAUUAAUUUCCACUGAAAAAUUUGGAACAAUAAAAACCCAGACAGAAAAUCAAGAUAAAUUUCACCUAAACAGUAAAGUUGAAGAUGAAGGUGCCAAUUUUUCAUUAGGUGAACGUCAAUUAUUGGCAUUGGCCAGAGCUUUAGUUCGUCGUUCCAAGAUAUUGAUAAUGGAUGAAGCUACUUCAAGUGUUGAUUUUGAGACUGAUGCUAAAAUUCAAAAAACCAUUGCAGAGGAGUUUAAAGAAUGUACAAUUCUCUGUAUCGCCCAUAGAUUGAAGACCAUCAUUAAGUAUGAUAAGAUUUUGGUUUUAGAAAAAGGUGAGUUGGAAGAGUAUGGUGAACCAACAGAACUGUUCAGCAAAGGAGGUAUUUUCAGAGAAAUGUGUGAAAGCUCUGAUAUAACGGCCGAUGACUUUAAGUAA